CAUGAGCAGGAGGAGGAGGAACUUCAGGUCGCUCAUUUAUUGAACGUUUCUUCACAUUAGUGCACUUGAGUGCGCCACACACGCAGGGAGCGACACACACACACCGCAGAGCUCUCGAACACACGAUCGUAACCGCUUGAUUUGAGAUUGAAAGCUUCGAGCGUCGGGAUGCGUCAUUAUAUCCGUGUGUUUGCGAGUUGAUCAACACACUUCACGCAGGAUGGAGAGGAAACUUUGCUGAACUUACAGCUGAUCUUUCUUUUGCUUUGCUCCAGAUAUGGAGAGCUGACAGCUGAACGCGUGCAGGCGGAAGUACAGCGACGGACAGAGACAGGAGCCUCUCGACCUACACAUCGAUUUUAGGCCAUACCAGCUGUCCUCAGAUCAGUCAUGGCUGCUUACGGACAGACGCAGUACAGCCCUGCGUUACAGCCGACGGGCCCUUACACACCAUACACACAUCACACACAGGGCUACAGCAUGGCGUCCUACAAUAUUAAAACAGAAGAUGGUUUGAGUCAUUCACCAGGACAGAGCAGUUUGCUGGGAUACACGUCGAACUUCGGCGGGACGCCACCCGGUCAGGCGCUGUACAGUUACUCCUCACACGGCGGCAGCAUUUCUUCUGGAAUUUUCCAGGGUGCAAACAGCAUCACCGGCUCAACGCCAUUCAGUCCCACACAGCAGGAUUUCUCAACAUAUUCUAGCUACAGCCCAAGUCAAUAUUCUCCAUACUACAACACACACUACAACAGCCCGUACAUCACCAGCAGCAACAUCACACCCUCUGCCAUCACCACGGCGAUACCCUAUCAGCACACAGAUCAUCCCGCUGUAUCGACCAAUCACAGCCCAGAAUCCCACACAGCAGAGUACCACGCUCCCACGAGUCCACCGACUCCAGGAAAGGAUCAGGAAGGCGCUCCGGCGAGACGCAGUUCGGAUGUGAAGCUCAGGGGCCGGAAACGGGCCAAUGACCCCGGACCCCCUCUGGACUCUGACAUUGAGAGAGUGUUUAUUUGGGACCUGGAUGAGACCAUCAUCAUUUUCCACUCGCUCCUCACGGGGACAUUUUCCACACGCUUCGGCAAGGACUCCGGCAAGGCUGUUUCUCUGGGCUUGUGGAUGGAGGAGAUGAUCUUCAACUUGGCCGAUUCACGUCUGUUUUUCAACGAUCUGGAGGAAUGUGACCAAGUUCACAUCGAUGAUGUGGCCUCGGAUGACAAUGGGCAGGACUUGAGCACGUAUAACUUCGGCACAGAUGGCUUCCAGAGUCCCGCAGGUGGAGGCACGCUCUGCUUGGGCUCAGGUGUUCACGGCGGGGUCGACUGGAUGAGGAAACUCGCCUUCCGCUACCGGCGGGUCAAAGAGAUCUACAACACAUACAAGAACAAUGUAGGAGGUUUGCUGGGCAGUCCGAAGCGGGAGGAGUGGCUUCAGCUGAGGCGGGAGAUGGAGGUUUUGACGGAUCUGUGGCUGACACAGGCACUGAAGGCCCUCGCUCUCAUCAACUCCAGACCAAACUGUGUGAACGUGAUGGUCACCACCACACAGCUGAUUCCUGCUCUCUCUAAAGUGCUUCUCUACGGCCUGGGAGGAGCGUUCCCCAUCGAGAACAUCUACAGCGCCACCAAAACAGGUAAAGAAAGCUGCUUCGAGCGCGUGACUCAGAGGUUCGGCCGGCGAGCCGUGUACGUGGUCGUAGGAGACGGUGUCGAGGAGGAGACGGUCGCCAAGAAGAAGAACAUGCCGUUCUGGCGAGUGACGUGCCGGCCGGAUCUGGAGGCGUUGAGUCAUGCACUUGAGCUGGAUUACCUCUAGAGGACAGCAUCUGCUCCUCAGCCUCACACAUGUGCGGUCCACAGGAAUCACAUGACCCAGACAAGAACUGCAGGACCAAUCAGCAGGGAGCAGCAAUCUAACUGGAAAUAUUUGCUUCAAAUCAAUCCAAGAAAAACACUUUAGUCUCUUUCUUGCUCUCCACCUGAGAGGCUCAGUUCUUUCAUUCACUUUCCUUUUCUUUACAACAGCGCUGCACUGAAAACCAAGCCCCAUCAGAGAUUGAUUC